GGGAGGGGAGGUUUAAAUGACCCGGAGGACGCGAGGAAAAGGGGGGAAACAUCAAGCUGAUGUUGACAGUCGUAAGUGCACGUGGUGGAAAACCAUCGUAAAUCGUCAGUCGUAACGUCCGACGUGCCGGCCAUUCCCGUCAUGUCGGUAUAAAACGUCGCCGUCCCCCCGCGAAUGGGAUCGCCACGGGCGCUACGUCGGUGCGUUUCGUCGACUUAUUAAAGCGCUGUGAAGCGUCGUCUUCAACAUGGCGGUGCCGUUCGUCCAGGCACCCCGUGCGCCUCUACGCUCAUCAUGACCACGGUGGAUCGUACUGGCCGCGCGUCACCUCCUCGCAGUAACGACUCUCGUGCCGCGAUCGCCGGGAUUAUCGCGCACCCACGACGCUCGUGAGCGUGCGACGAGCGAGCGACGUUCCGCGCGUCGUUUCGCGACACGUCAAGAGGAACGAGCAUCAAGAGGAAUCGAGCAACGGACCCCCGACGGACGGUCGAUCUUCUCUUGUCGUGCGCGGUGGCCACGGUCCCGCGACUCAGAACAGACACCGAGCCGUCUCGCCUGCGUAUUUGACGGUGAAAGCUGCUUAUUGAAGAGAUUUUUUUGACAAACACGUAUAUCAGCCUAUCUCUAAACUAUAUAUAGUUAAAAACAAGAACAUUUGUUAUACUUCUAAUAUCUUAGAUUAUUCACAUCGAUUGGAGACUAUUUUAUUUACACAAGAGGAAAAAAAUCCAAUCGAUCGCUUCCAAAGAUCUCUGUAGGCUUGCAUGAAACAAGGAGUAAUAACUAAUAAUUAGAUUAAUUCUUAAAAACAACAUUUCUUAAACGGAUUUCUUUUUAUAUUUUAGAAAUGAAAAUGCAAUAGGUCCCUUUUAAUUAGCUGCAAAAGAAUUUGAUCGAGAAUUUGAUUGAGAAUACAAUUAUAUCUUACAAUAAUACAUAAAAUAUCGUUGGUAAAAUAUAUUCCAAAUUAAUAUUAACAGAGGAACUGCUUCUUUUUCAGAAGUAAUUUGAUCCUCUCAAUACAGCAUUUAGAUUCAUCUAUUGUGCCUCCUUAUUUUAUUGUUGUUAGUUAUCUUGCAAAUAAACAGCAAGCUCCUUAUAAGCAUUUUGGAAUCUCUGUAGUGCAAAGUAUAUCGUAAUUUGAGAGAGAAUCUAUUAAUUGAUUUUAUUGCAAUCAGAAUUGGAAAUAUAAACAAAUAUUUAGAUAAGUAGAAGUGUCGAAAAAAAGGAAAGAGAGAAAGAGAGGGGGCUUAUAAUAAAAAACAUUGUUCGAGUUACAUAUUAUCAAUAUACAAUUCUGCCCUCUUUAUUUGAAAUAAGUAAUUACUGGUAUUAUUCUUUCGAUAAUAAGAGACUUUCCUAUUCAAUAAUAAUACUCAGUGUUCCUUGCAAGUUGCCUGAAUAUUGUAAAGCCCAUUAAAUUUCUAAUUACAAUAAUGGCUGAGACACAAAAAAUGACUGUGUACGGGACGCAUCCUCCAUGCGCUAAUGGUAGCAGAUUGGAUGAGCGCCGAGCUAAAAGAUUGGCGUUACGGCAUGAGAGAAACAGAAAGCCGGACAAACCUGAUGAUUUCGUGUGUUAUGAAUCAAGUGACGAUGAGGCCGAGACAGUGAUCGAAGGCAAACAAUUUCUGAGAACGUCCUUCAACUUUGUGGAUUAUGUGCGCGCACGCGAGACGAAUACGCGAGAAGUGCGGAAUAUAAAUCAGGAAUAUGGUUCCCGUCAUAUCCUGACGCAUGAUCUGUUCAAAGAAUAUUCUGUCAGCUUGAAUAAUAUGAAUAAAGUAUUCUGUUCUCAAUGGUUGAGUGAUAGACAAGUGGUAUUCGGUACAAAGUGCAAUAAGCUUAUGGUUUAUGAUGUAGCGACACAAAAACUCGAUCAAAUCCCAUCUCUUCAUGGAAGGCAACUUAGUCCCGGUGGUAACGUUAUGCCCGAACAACAAUGUGGUAUUCAUUCCGUUCAAAUCAAUCCCUCGAGAACUCUUUUAUCUACUGGAGCAAGAAAUAGUAAUGAAAUAGCGAUAUAUAGAUUACCAACUUUGGAUCCAGUUUGCGUCGGUGAAAGUGGCCACAGGGAUUGGGUAUUCGAUAUGUGUUGGUUAGACGAUGAAUUUUUAGUGUCGGGUUCUAGAGAUACGAAGAUGGCUUUAUGGCGUAUUGAUAGUGAUCUCGCCGAAGCUCCCGAUAAAGCGGACGUGCCUACACAUAGAUUGAUUCAACCUGUCUGUGUAAAAGAAUGUAAGUCUGCCCAAAAGGUGCGAGCGCUAGCAUUCAAUAAAGCAUAUAAGGAGAUUGCAGCGUUGACACUUAAUAGUUUUAUACAUAUCUGGUCGGCCGAAUCCUUCAAACAAAAAAUAUCUAGAAAACUGCCAGCCUGCCAAGAAAACGUUUGUCUCGCUGUACAGGAUGAUGGCGUUUAUGCGAUUGGAUGUAGAUCUUAUACUCUUUUAUUAGACGCACGUACAUUACAACCAAUUAAGAAAAUACCUUCGAGAUACAGCGGCUGUGGUAUUAGAUCAGCAAGUUUUCAAGGAUCUGUUUUGACUAUCGGAACUGGUCUUGGAAUGCUUAUGUUUUAUGAUGUUCGAGCUCAGAAAUACUUGGAAUCUUCUAUAAAUUCUAAUAGAACUGUUGUAUUAAAAGCUUCGAAAGGAUAUGUGUUUCCAGAUGAGGAGUACAUAGAUGGUUUUCAAAAUGUAAAAUAUACUCCCGCCAUUUAUACACAUUGUUAUGAUGCAUCAGGUACUCGACUAUUUACGGCAGGUGGUCCACUGCCCGCAAAUCUGUAUGGCAACUAUGCAGGCUUAUGGCAAUGAAGAUGAUUUAAGCGAUUAAAAUUACAAGAACUCGGAGUUGGAAGGGACCAUCGUCACGCGUGGUCGAGAGAGGCUCUCCCUUACUCAUACAAUUCGUCUUAACGAGUGCGAACGAUCCUAAUGCUGGAAAUGAAAUGUAAUGCGAGUCGACGGCAUCCGUGUUGCACGCUAUCAUUGACGUACACACGUACACACGGUCGCACAAUAUAAGGCACUACCUUUGCCAGAGUUGGAUCGAUUUGUAAGGAGCGUCAAGGCGAGCCAGAGACUCUCAUUCACCUUUGCACGGCUGAACUGACAGCGGGCAGUCGAUUAAAACUCAAGCGAUUCCUCCCGUCAAGCUAAUAAGUAAAUUCCUUCCGUAAAUUUAGAUUUCGUUACUUCGAUGAUGCGCAAUAAAUCAAAUUCCGCGUGUAGUACAAAAAAAAAAAAAAA